AUGCUUUUCCUCGACCUCGCAGAAUUCGCUAAUAAACAGGUUACAACCGAAUCGCGCGUGAGGUGGAUGCAGAAAGGCCCACCGAUCACGGAUUUCAGCCAAGUGCCACAAGGCUGGCCUGCGGAAGAUCAUGACAUCCAUGAAGAUGAUGUGGUGGCAAAUAUUCAGCGAUGCAAAGACCGCAUCAAGGAAGGUGUUAUGCCUCACUGGUGGGAGCGACGACUGAAAAAAUACGAAGAAUGCAAGACCCAGCUGGACACGAUGAUGGCAGCAGCGCCGGCCGGUCUCAGCAUGGCUGUUUGUUUUCGCAUAAAGCACCUCGGGGAAAUCAAAUGUAGUAUCCAGAAGGCCGGCGACAAGCUCAAGCUAACCGCUACCAUUGGAGCAAUUGUAAAAGCCUAUCAAUCCGGGAAGCUGACUUGGCAUGAGGGAAUGGUCACUUAUUGGUCGCGAGGGAAGAAGAUCUGCAACGGCCCGAAAGAAUUUGCUUGGGAAGAUUUCGAUCGCUAUAACCGGCAGUAUAAGGGCUAUGAAGAGUUCUGGGUUGAAGGUCUCUAUGGCCCGGGAUCUGUGCCGGUCCUUCCUAUUUAUGCCCUCGGAAUGCACAAUUCUUGCAUGAGCGUGAUGGUCAUCUACCAAGACGAUCUCGAGAGACUGGAGGAUAAAGCACGGGAAAUGGCAAGGAUUGUUGGCGCCGUACGCCUAUAUGGUGCAUUCGGGGGAUCCUGGGCAGUCAUUUACAAGAUGGAGGUUAACAUGAAGAACCACAACGGUGAGUGCAUGCUUGACUGGACACCAAUCCAGGUGGCCGUGGUCGACUGGGAUCGCAGGGUUGGCGAGGCGCGUCUGAGUGGCCCCUGGAUGAGGCAUCGGUUUUUCGUCGGCAGUUCGCCCGACAACCAGGGGAUCCUGUGCGUUGCCAAGAACAAAACGCUCUUCAAGCAGAUGAUCGAGCCAAUUCCACAGUCAGAGAUUAUUGGAGUCCCGGCAAACAUGAAACUGUUUAAUGCUCCAGGGCGUGUCUUCGGGCAUUAUCGAGGACAUGCCUUGCCUGGGCUCAGCCCAGAACCGGAUGAUUAUGAUUUGGCGGUUCAAUAUUGGAACUAUACCAAUCUCCUCGGAGAAACAUCGGGCUCCACUAGCAAGAGAACGGGUGGAGAUGGGCCAUAG